AUGGAUUCGAAAACGUCUACGUCUGCGUCCACAAACACAUACUCCUCAGGAAUUAAACAAUCUUCAAUCUCAGUUGCAGUUAGGGUUCGACCAUUUACAGAUAACGAAAGUAAUCGUCUUGUGAAACCGGAUGAUGAUGACUUCUUUCUUGGAGAUGGAUGUUUUACCGAUGGGAAUAAUAUAAACAACAAUGCCUCCACUAAUAACACCCCAACGAAGCAGAGAUUUCUUAAUCAAUCAGGUAUAAGAAAAAUUGUCAAUGUUGUUGAUGAUCGAAUGUUGAUAUUCGACCCUCCUGAGACCAAUCCUUUGGCAAAAAUGCAAAAGAAUGCCUUUCCCAAUAGUUUUAAAGGAUCACGAAUAAGGGAACACAAGUUUGUAUUUGAUAGAUUAUUCGAUGAGGAUGCAUCUCAAAAUGAUGUGUAUCAGAGCACUACGCGGCCAUUGCUAGAUUCAGUUUUGGAUGGAUAUAAUGCCACUGUUUUUGCAUAUGGGGCAACAGGAUGUGGUAAAACGCAUACCAUUUCCGGCACACCUGACUAUCCCGGGGUGAUUUUUUUAACAAUGAAAGAGUUGUAUGAAAGAAUUGGGGACCUAAGUGAUACCAAGAUCAUUGAUGUUAGUCUAUCGUAUCUAGAAAUUUACAACGAAACCAUUCGUGAUUUACUCAAUCCAGAUACUGAUUUUAAGAAGCUAAUAAUUAGAGAAGAUUCAAACAACAAGAUUUCUGUAUCCAAUCUAUCGCGACAUAGACCAGAAUCAGUGGAAGAAGUGAUGCAUUUGAUUAUGGCUGGUAAUGCCAAUCGUACAUCAAGUCCGACUGAAGCCAAUGCAACGUCAAGUCGAUCACACGCAGUAUUGCAAAUCAAUAUCGAUCAAAAGAACCGCACUGGUGAUGUCAAAGAGGAGCAUACAUUUGCCACGUUAUCGAUUAUAGAUUUGGCAGGAAGUGAACGAGCAGCAGCUACCAAAAACCGAGGAGCAAGAUUGAACGAAGGAGCAAACAUCAACAAAUCGUUGUUGGCUCUAGGGAAUUGUAUCAAUGCAUUAUGCGACCCAAGGCGUCGUAAUCAUAUUCCAUAUCGCGAUUCAAAAUUGACGAGAUUGUUAAAAUUUUCCCUUGGAGGUAAUUGCAAAACUGUCAUGAUUGUAUGUGUCUCACCCAGUAGUCAGCAUUAUGAUGAAACUUUGAACACUUUAAAAUAUGCCGAUAGAGCUAAAGAGAUCAAGACCAAAUUGAUAAGGAACCAACAUAACUUGGAUCGUCAUGUGGGAUCCUAUUUGAAGAUGAUUACCGAGCAAAAGCAAGAAAUCGAGGAGUUACGGGCACGGGAGAAUCAAAUUGUUGAUGUCACCUUGGACAAGAGGAAAAAAGUCGAAGUACAAAUUUUCCAAUUACUUCAAGAUACUAUCACAUCAGUCAAACGAAACAUCUCAAAGUACAAUCUUGACAAAUCGAAAAAGAUAUUCAUGUUGGCCAAGAGAAAAGUGCUAUUGCGGCAAAAAAUUGAAAUUGAAAUUAUACUUGAAGGGAAACAACAAUUUCACCAAACACGACAAUCAUCAAUUUUAAAACUGCAAAGUGAUCAAUUAAUUUCCAAUAUUUACGAUUUGUGUGAACAGAUUUUGUCCAAAAUUGAUAAUCAAAUCUGGCAAAUUGAAUCUCAAUACAGACAACAUACAGAAAUUGAUCAUAUUUUGGGCGAAUCUGCAGAACGAGUUUUGAAAAGGUUGGUGAAUGAUGAGCCCGAUUGGACAGUGUAUCAUUCGGUGAUCUAUGAUCAGCUAAUUCAAUCUAUACGUGAUGAUUUGCAGCUGGAAAUAUUGGUGAAAUCAUCGGCAUUAUAUGAUCACUUGAUCUACUCACUUGCUCAAUUUUAUCGUACACCGUGGGCCGUGGCUACUCACUUGGCAAGUCAUUGUGGGGGUGGCGCUGCCAAUAAAGAUGAUGCAAUCUUACAAGACUUGCUUGAUGGGUUGGAAAAACUUGUGAAUGGGACAUUUGAUGGUGUUUUUGAAAAAUUUGCUUUGGAUUAUCUACGAAAUAAAAUUUGGGAUGACGAUGGCAACACCAGUAGGAAGGAGUACAAUGAUGGUGGGGAUAUAGUACGUCUUGCCAAUGAUGAAAACGCAUACCCUACUCAAUUAUUUAAAAAGCCACGAACCAAUGGAAGAUCUACUACUCUGAUGACAUCACCUCCUCGCGAAGCACGCAAACCAUUGGGUAAACGAUCAAAGACAUCACCAAACAGUAAAAUAAAACGAUCAUUGAGACUACCCACUUCGUCGUCCACCACCACCUAUAACAAAAAGAGGAACCAACUAGCGUUGCCUACGCCUGCUGCAGAGGCAGAGGUGGUGGCAGAGGAAGAGGCUGACGCACCCGACGAUGCACCAGCACCAGAAGAUAUCAGUAUGAAUGAUUCUAGUUUUCAAAACAACUCGGGAUUGAUGUUUCAAGAAGAUGGUAAUAACUCCAUCCUAAUUGAUCAAGAUUUGGAUUCACCAAUGAGUAACAAUAAACAAGUUCAAUUUUUCGAUAUUUCACAAGAUGAUGAUUUACAAAUGAGUUCACCACCAUUACCAAAAGUACCAUUGAUGCGAAGUGACUCAUUCACACGAAACGACCAAUACAGUGGUGGUGAUAAACUGCAACCCACUCAAGCUUCGAGUGAUGCGACUCCGGUAAAACCACCACCACCAUUUCCUCCACAGCUGCAUCUGCAUCCACCACCUUUACAUAGUUUCAAUUUGACUGAGCUGAAGUCAUCAUUAUUAAAUAGACUGGCUGCUUCUAAGGUGAUGCUGCAAAAUACUGAUUAG